AUGCAAAGGGCUUGGGUGCGUUCUCCCUUCCCCUCCGACUCUGGACCUUCAGGGACCACUCUCACCACCACCGCUACGACGAUUGUUGAUGGCUCGCCGUCAACCGUGGUAGUCACGAUUGUGACGACGGUGACGAACAACCCUGAUCCCGUCACUCGGACGACGACGCGGGUUGUUACCAAGUCCGAAUCAACCACGGGAGGAGCCGGUGCUCCAUUUCGUCCAACCCUCAGCGAGACGGACGAUGCGGAUAUCACAACCAUCCCCGGCGCCUUCUGCCCCACGGGGUUUUACGCCUGCCUUGCCCGAGCUGGGGGUGGCUGUUGCCAGACCGGCCGGGAUUGCAAAGAGACGUCAUGCCCGCCAACACCAAUGACUACGAUCAUCAACAAUGGAGUCACCAUUGCUGUCCCUGUCGCCGACGUGCCAGCGUCUAAUUCGGCGACAUGUGCGAACGGGUGGUUCAUGUGCGGGGAUGAAGGUGGACCGGUGGCGGGAUGUUGCCCGGACGGAUACUCGUGCGGAACAGCAAGCUGUACGCUAGCGUCCCCGACCGAAACAAGUCGUGUCCAGAAGCAACUCCCCGACUCUGCUGCCUCGACAAAGGCCGGUUCCCUCGCCGGACUAGUUGUAGCAGCAGGCCUGUUUGGUGUUUUGCACUUGAGCUGGGCAUAA